GAGAUGACACUUCCAUUUAUAGCAAGUAAUAUCUAGUGAUAUCAUUGUGACUCGCAAAGUUUGUUAAAUCACGGAAUUACAAAAUUACUUGGAUACAUAUCUGUGUAUAAAACAUUUCAACCGAACGACUAUGACGUCAGUAGCAUCCUCGUUCAUGGGAGGGUCUCAGCAUCAGCCACGCACCUCGUGCUGUCAGACCGGAUAUCCAGUGCUAGCGGACCCGCUUACCGGAAGGACCAUAUGCUCGUGCCAGCUGCAAUCGGGCGUCCCGGCCUAUCUGUCACGUGUUCCAAGCUUACCGGAAACAGUUUACCCGGCCAGCAGUAUGCACCUGGCGUCAUUACAUAGAGGUUCCGCCGGGACGUAUCCUGGUGGUUACAGUAUGAGCGAUUCACGCAUUCUAAAGGCCGCCCCACCCAGUGCCCAUAUCCAUAGCCACUACGAGGCUGCCAUGGCGGCCAGCCCAUAUGCUUUUUAUCCUGGCUUUGAUAUUAACGGAGUUCGGCGAAAGAACGCGACCCGCGAGUCAACCGCUGCCCUAAAGGCAUGGCUGUACCAGCACCGUAAAAACCCAUACCCUACCAAGGCAGAGAAGGUGAUGCUGGCCAUCAUCUCCCAGAUGACCUUGACCCAGGUGUCCACGUGGUUCGCCAACGCCAGAAGGAGGCUGAAGAAAGAACGGAAACUUGGUGACAAUGAUCUCGAGGAUCUUGAUGAUAUCGAUGUUGAUGGCAAGAGAUCUGAAGCAGACACUACAAGCAGCAGACUAUCUGACUGUGAAUCUGACGUCACAAGUAAUACCGCCGACAACUCCCGAGUGAUUACGGACUUGUCCGAUGUUUCAGACGCCGAGGAACAGACGCCAUUACAUAAAAGGCAAACGAAAAACUGCGUGCAAAGACUCUUCUCUCCCGACAGCCGAAACGAGCUCUACCUGGAUAGUAUCUCGUCUCCAAAUGACUCAAAACUCAGUGAUUCUGGGCCCUAUUCGGCCACAAAAGAAGGAAAGGACAAUUGUUUGGCAUCAAAUUCAAAAUGCAAAUCAUUUCAAGACGACACAUCUACAAUUUCAAAUUGUUCACCAACGCCCUGUGUGCCUAAGAAUGACUUUUUGACCUUGCACAAAUCAAACAUUGUGCAGAACAAUCACACUAAGUCCAAGAUCUGGUCGAUAGACAGUAUCAUUGGAUGAAGAUAAUGCCGCCUGCAUGCGUAUAAUUAUGAUUUGGAAAAAAACUGCAUGAUAUUAAAAUGCUAUUAGGUUUAUAAUACAGGCAAGUUCUUAUUGAAAGGAUACAAAUCUAAAUGUUAUUUUAAUCACUUCAAAUGUCUACAGCAUGUUUAUGUCAUUUAUGUUGAUCAAAUGGUCUAUGCUAAUAUAUGAUGCGUUCUAUCAAUUUUCACGUGUUUUACAUUCAAAUGUAUUCUUUAUGAAUGCGUUUUUCUUUAAUUUUGUGUCAGCUAAUGAGACGAACUGUUGUAAUAAAAUACAGUUUAAAUUGUA